UGUUUUAAAGAAUAACAACAUGGGCUGAGCCCUGUUCGAUUUUCUUGAUGAUGUAAGAAAAGAGUAAACUCAAGAGGGGUUUUCUCAAAUCGGGCCAAUCUGUAAAUCAAAUUCAAGCUAAAAUAUCACGAGUAGCGACUCUCAUUUGCUUCUAACUUCUUAGCAUACACGCUUGCCGCUCGAAAUUCAGUUCUUCUUCUUCUUCCUAUUUGGCGUCUCCAGAAAGAAUGGACAAUCAUCAAGCUGAUGAUGAACAUGAAUUAGUUAUGGAGCUCUCUGAAAAAGAUUCGCUCUUGGAAAAAAAGAAGAAAUUAUUAGAAAUCAACCAUUUUGACCCUAAUGGAAAAGUAAAAAUCAAGAGCAUUUGUAGCAUCGAGUUAGUGAAUUCUGUUUUGGAAGAGAUGCUUCAGAGAGCUCGAAUCAUAAAUGCAGAUGAGGUUGACCUUUACUUUGGAGGGAUUGAUGCUUUUGGAUUUUGUAGUCCAAGAAAUGAAUUGGAAUCUCUUCAUACAAUCUUAUCACUUGUUGACAAGUCAAAGUCAACAAGUGAACAAAUAAGACCAAAAGUCUUCCAAGAUCUUAUGAAUGCAACUUUAAACAAGAUUCAUGAAUUUAGUAACAACAUUAUAGAGGACACUAAGAUUCUUUCCAAAUGGAAUUUACACAAGGAGAAAUGUUUAAUACAAUGGGGUGAAAGCAAUGGUGUUAAAUCCAAACUUGAUAUUGCUUUUGUUGAAGGAGCUGGAAGGGGAGGUAUAGCAAGAGAAGAUCUUGAAGUUGGAGAUAUUGCUUUGGAAAUUCCUUUGUCUGCAAUAAUUUCAGAGGACCUACUUCAUGAAACCACUAUGUUUCCAGUAUUAGAAAAAGUAGAUGGUAUUUCCUAUGAGACAAUGUUGUUAUUGUGGAGUAUGAAGGAGAAAUAUGACACCAAUUCAAAAUUCAAGAUUUAUUUUGAUGCUCUUCCAGAAGCAUUUAAUACAGGGUUAAGCUUUGGAAUGGAGGCAAUCAUGGCUUUAGAUGGAACAUUGUUGCUAGAAGAAAUAAUUCAAGCAAAAGAGCAUUUGAGAUCUCAAUACAACGACUUAAUUCCAUCAUUAUGCAACAAUUAUCCAAAUAUCUUUCCUUCAAAUCUUUACACAUGGGAAAAAUUCUUAUGGGCUUGGUUUCUCAAUCAUUCGAUAACCCCACAUAUAAUGAACUAUGGAAGAGUGGACCCCACAUCAAACUCUUUAAAAUUUCCUCUUUCAAGACCAUGUAACAAUGGAGAACAAUGCUAUCUUAGUUAUGGGAACUUGUCUAGUUCUCAUUUAAUUACUUUUUAUGGUUUUUUACCAAAAGGAUACAUUGACAACCCCUAUGAUGUCAUUCCACUUGAUAUUGAUCUUGAUAACAUAGAAGAUGUGAAUCCGAUGUGUAAUUGGUCUACUCAUAUGGUGAGGGGGACAUGGCUUUCAAAGAAGAAUGGAAUCUUCAAUUACGGGCUUCCAAUUCCAUUGUUGGAACAUCUCCGUGAAGCUCGUAUGUUGAUGUUGGAAUCAAAUAUUGAGGUACAAGAAAAGUUGGAAUUGGAAUUGGAAAUUCUCGAAGACCUUCAAUCUACAUUUGAUGCCAUGAUGGAAAACUUGGGUGAGACCGAACCAUUGGGAAGAGAAAACUGUGAUUGGGAUGUGAAGCUUGCAUUGGAUUUCAAAGAAUUACAAAAACGGAUCAUUUCAUCGAUUGUAAGUUCAUGUUAUAAUGAUGCUAUAACAAUUCAUUCAUCCGCAAAAAUCUACACUCUCUAUGCGAUCUCUACUUCGAAUAUCACAUUAAUCACAAUUCACCCGAUUUACGAUCUCAUGAUGAAUUCCGAAGAUUAA